AUGAAUAUGAAUAUGAAUAAAUUACAAAAAUUAAUAAUUGUUAUCAUAUUAUUGUUAUCAUUGACCGGUACCUAUCAGGUUAAUUCACAAUUUCUGCAAUAUUUGAAGAUUUCCAAUUAUUUGACUGCCGGAUGUUUCGGUAAUCCUGUUUCCUAUUCAUGGUUGCAAUUGAAUCGUUGUCGUUCCAAUACCAUCUACGUAGUGACCAACAGUUCGAAUCCGGCAUUGACAUCGUCGAGCUCCUCGGGUUUCCUAACUGGCUUUACCUCUGGACUCUCGGGAUUCACCAAUCCAAUCACUAGCCUGAUGACUUCAUCGUCAUCCGCUGCUUCAUCGUCAUCCUCCACUGCACUCCCAAUUGUUCCAGUCGUCGUUGAGAUGUACUGUAUUGAUCCAACCUGUUCACAACCAGAGAAUUGUAUUCCCGGCCAAGCGGUGCCAAUCGAUAACCUGUGUACUCCAUCGACCAACGGUUUCUUCAUGAUCUACUCCAUUGAGAAUUCAAUUGUGUUCACCAAAGACAACAACAUGGGCAAUUGCUAUAGCCAAUCGUAUCAGAGUGUUUGUAACCUUCCACCGUACCACGCCACUUAA